AUGCCCAGCUCCUUGGGAGAGAUCCGGAACCUCCCCGAAGAGUCCAGGCACGUGAGGAUUGAACAUGCGUCCUUGUUUGAGCUGCCCUGAGGGUCAGCACGAGCACCAUGGAAUAACUUGGGCUAAUUUAACAACGUCGCUGUGGUCCACCGGGGAGCCUUGGAGUACCUGUCAGAAGUGAACGAGCUGAGACUGGAGGGGAACAGACUCUGUUCAGUACCAUGGGCAGUGUUCCAUGCCACCCUGGGCCCAAGGGUCUUGGAUCUCAUGCACAACAGGACUGACAUGCACCCUGGGCUGGCUCUUCAGUUAUUGGCCCACCUGGUCUACCUUGACCUGUCUUCCAAGCUGGCAGUGGUAUCCAGGAGUGUCUUCUUGAACUGGCCUGCCUACCAGCCCUGCCAGCUUGCUGGAUGUGGGGCCCAGAGUCUCUCCAGCAUGGGGCUGGCUCUACAAAAUACACCCUGGCGCAACUGUCGCUUAAGCGGACUAUUCCAGGUUGUAUAGUACUGCCUCCCGGCGGUCUUGGUGAGUGCCUACCAUUGCCAAGGCCCUCUCUCCAAGGUGGGGCAGUUUUUCCAUGAAACUGAGCUCAGCACCUGCAAGCCCCACAUCUCAACCCCCAGUGUCAGUGUCACCAUCAAGGUGGGACAAAGUGUAAACCUGUGAUGCCUGGCACAAGCCAGCCCUUUGCCAACCAUUACAUGGACGGAGCCCCUGAGCAUGUGGAGGGAAAUGUGCCCUCUUGAUGUGUCUGGGAGGAGGGGAGGUCUGCAGCCACCUUAUCCUCAGUAG